AUGAAGCUGAGGGUCUUGACCAGGACGUUGGAGGCUGCUUGGCAGGAGAUUUGUCCUCCCCGUGGCACCUGCACCGCUCACACUCCACCUCCAUCCCCCUGCUCUCAGCUGGUGAACACCUUCUUCAGCUUCCUGAGGAGGAAAACUGAUUUUUUCACUGGUGGAGAAGAUGGAGUAGCAGAAAAGCUGAUCACAGAUACCUUCAACCAUCACAACAAGCUGGCUCAGAAGGAGAGGAAGGAGAAGAAGGCUCGUCAGGAGGCAGAGAAGAGGGAAAAGGCUGAGAGAGCUGCCAAACUUGCCAAGGAAAAGCAGGAAGCAAAUGAGCCCAGGAUUAAGGAGCUCACAGAUGAGGAAGCUGAGAGGCUGCAACUGGAAAUCGAGCAGAAGAAGGAGGUAGAAGGACAAGUGAACAACAUCCCAGGGAAACCCUCAGAGGAUGGAGGGGAAUCUCCAGAUUCUAACAAACAGGAAACAGAUGAUGAAGAGGAAGAUGAGAAGGACAAAGGAAAACUUAGACCCAACUCUGGCAAUGGAGCUGACCUUCCAAAUUACAGAUGGACACAGACUCUUUCAGAACUGGAUCUGGCCAUCCCUUUCAAGGUGAACUUCAGGCUGAAGGGGAAGGACAUGGUUGUGGACAUCCAGAGACGGCGCCUCAAGGUUGGCCUGAAGGGCCACUCUCCUGUCAUUGAUGGGGAGCUUUUCAAUGAAGUGAAGGUGGAGGAGAGUUCCUGGCUGAUUGAGGAUGGGAAAACAGUCACUGUGCACCUGGAGAAGAUCAACAAGAUGGAAUGGUGGAACAAACUGGUCUCCACAGACCCAGAAAUCAACACCAAGAAAAUUAAUCCAGAGAACUCCAAGUUGUCAGACCUGGACAGUGAGACCCGGAGCAUGGUGGAGAAGAUGAUGUAUGAUCAACGGCAGAAAUCCAUGGGCCUGCCUACCUCUGAUGAACAGAAGAAGCAAGACAUCUUGAAAAAGUUCAUGGAGCAGCAUCCAGAAAUGGACUUUUCAAAGGCUAAAUUCAACUGAGCCCUCCCUUCUCCUCCCCUCUCCCAGCCAGCCCACAGGAUGGGGCAGGAUUCCUGGUGCUGGAUAUGUUGGGAUCCCUUCCCUUGGGCCAGGAAACACUUCCAGCAUCCCCACCUGAGCUUGCUGCAGGAGCAGCUUCAUGGAGUCAUCUUCAGUUGUCCUGUGUGGAGCAGAGCGCAAGGCCA